UGGUUUACUGAAUCCAAUACGUGUAUUCUUUUUCUUCUCGAAUACAAAUAUACAUGAUGCUUGCUUAUUAUCUAUUGUCAAAAUAGAAUCAGAAUAAUGAAUCUUGUGCAUAAAGUGUAGAAGGGAGUCCACUAAAAUUGAGCGAAUAAAAUGACUUAUCAUAAUUGAUGUGUUAAAUGUUUGAAUAUUUUAUAAAUAUUGAGUGUAAAUAAUGUUUAAAAUAAAAGAUAAUUUAAGAAAAUUACAUUUUUUUUGUAACUGGAUAAAAGUAGUAAUAAAAUGGAUAUCAGGUAGUUGCAUCAGUUAAUUUUCUCCCGGCCCCUUUCUGCUAUCUAUUACAAGCUACACUAUAUUUGUUGAAAAUUAAGUAUUUAUUGUUUCUAUUUAACCUACUAAAUGAAAUACUAUAUAACUUGUUGAGUUUGGUUCAAUAUCCCUCCCAACUCUGUUUUGGCUUUGUUCAAAUAUGCAAGCGAAGAUAAGGAAAGAGGGAGAUUGAAUAGGAAACUUAAUCAAGACGAGCAAAGAUAAGAGGAAAAUUCAGAAAAAGUUUGGUGGAAGCAGAAACAUGUUAGAGGCCCUCCUCUUAUCGGUGAUAGAGAAGCUGGAAAUCAAUCAUCAAAGGGGCAUGAUAAAUGAGGAAGUCGUAAUCAAAGAUAUGAAAGAGAUUUUGGAUAUUGUGAAGGAUAAGAAAUUGGAAGAGGGGAGAAGGCUAAAUUUUUUGGUAUCUGACCUAGUCGACGUGGCCGGCGAUGCCCUCGACCUUUUCAAGCAACGCAAAAUCUAUUUUUACUACUUUGAGUCCGUCCUUAGUUGGAUCGGAGAGAUCAAACAGUACUUGCUUAAACUGGGAGAUGAUGGAGCGGAGACGGAGACGGAGUCGAACAUGAGAUCGUCAGAUAAUGUUGAUGACAAAUAUGUGGUGGGCUUGGAUGAAGAUGUGGAAAUGCUGCUUCGCACAAGGAUUAUUGGUAGGGAAGGAUACAACAGUUGGACUACUCUUAUCAAAGGGAUGGCUGGUAUUGGAAAGACAACUCUUGCGAGAGAGAUAUACAACCAUCCAACCGUCAUUGAGCAUUUCGAGCGUCGUGCUUGGGUAUCUAAUUCUACUUACUUCACUAUGAAAGAGCUACUUAUCAAACUAAUACAACAGGUAGAAGAUCCUCAGAAUCUCCAUACAUCUUCCUCAUUGGAGAAUAUGGACAAUCGAAGCCUCCGAGAUAUGCUUUCUCAACACCUGCAAGGAACGCGAUAUUUUAUAGUUCUCGAUGACAUGCCCAGACAAGUGCACUUGAAGUCUUUCUUGGAAGCUCUUUCACAAGAAUCAGUCAAUGGAAGUAGAUUGCUGUUCACAAGUCACAUGAAGCAUACGAACUUAACUCUAGAAGUCGAAGAUGUUCAUGAGAUGAAACCUUUGGAUUCUAAAGAGAGCUGGCAAUUGUUUUUGAAAACAAUCAACCAUGGCAAUAAAUUGACGGGUGAACACAAAUUCCCAAUGUACUUGGAGCAAAGAGGAAAACAAAUGUUGACGAAAUGCGGCGGUCUGCCAUUAGGUAUAAAAGAGGUGGGAAAGCAGUUAGCGGAAAAGAAAGUCUCUGAAGGGAGUGAAUGGGAACAACUUCUUGAAUCAGUUGAUUUCACUUCAACAUUGAAGUUAUUGGAACCAUUUUAUCAUAAAUUGGAUCCUGAAUUGGAGUCAUGUUUCUUGUGUAUGGCCUUCUUUAAGGAAAAUGCAACUUUGAGGAAAGAAAAGUUGAUGCAGAUUUGGGUUGCAGGAGGAGCUGGUUCACAACCUGACUGUCGACAUUCUUUAGAUGGUUUAAUCAAUGAAUCUGUUAUUUCAGUCAAGGACAAGAGCACAGAGUAUAGCUUGAAUCCUCUGCUACAUAUGAUAUCCAUCCAAAAGGCAGAGGAGAAACUAGGUUUUGAGAUCCUAAGGAACAAUGGAAAUAAUCGACCUUUUGAGAGUCCUCGUCAUCAUCGUGUUAUCAUUUGCAGCAGAGACAAGUUCAACUACUCCACGGAUCACGAUAAACGUCUUGUUUCUCUCUUCUUCCAUGGAGGUGGCUACUUCGACACUAGUCCAUCUUACUGGAACAGUUUUAAGAAGCUUAAGAUUCUUGACUUGGAAGAUUUUGGGUUGAAGAGUUUACCAGAAAGUAUUGGCACAUUGGUAAAACUAAUAUACUUGGGAUUGAGAAAUAAUUACAUAAAAGAGCUGCCACAGUCGUUGGGGUGCUUGAAAAAGCUUGAGGUUCUUGACAUAGCUCAAAACUUUAUGGUGGAGGUGCCGGAUAUUAUAUGGGAAUUGCGUAGCCUUCGCCAUCUCUACAUCUCUGAUCUGAUUUUGAUCUGAUUUUCUGGAAGCCUUUGAACACAUGCCCGCUAUACAACGUGUAUACCUUAACCUACAUCUCGGUUGAUAAUUUGGCAUAUGUGCAAGAGAGGUCAAACAUGCCGUCUUAUCUUAGGAAAUUGGGGAUAGAAGGAUUGGAUGGAAACGCAGAUAUAAGCAAGCUCUUUAUGGAAUUGGUUAAAUUGAGGUUUAUUAAUCAUCUGAUCUUAAGAGGGUUUCGUUUCAGAAGUAUGCCUUGUUUGGAUGGGCUUCAUAAUCUACAAAUCCGUAUACUCAAAUUGGAUGGACUCCUUGCCAGCUUACCAAAUUUCCCUUCAGAUAUUGAAUCAUUGACGUUGGUUAACAACAGUCUUGAUGAAGACCCCAUGCCAUUACUAGGGGAGCUAGGCAGUCUAACCCACCUCAAAUUGCGGAAUGCAUUUACCGGUCGAGAAAUGGUGAUCUUGCAUGACGGCUUUCCUGAUCUCAAAGUCUUGUGCAUCGAAGAGAUGUGGAAUCUGAAAAACGUGCAAAUUGAAAAAGGUGGAAUGAGUUCGCUUGAGAAACUAGAAAUCAAGAAUUGUCCAAGUCUGGAGAGCCUCCCUGAAGAGAUUGGGUCUAUGACUCUUCUCAAGGAGUUAAAGAUGGUGACAAUCAAAAGCAUUGCAACCAAGAUCAGAAAUUCAGAUUUAAUCUCCAAGAUAUGGAAGGUGAAUAUCAACCCUUGAGCUAGCGCAGUUGUCUGCAUUAUUGUUGUGUACGUUUUGUUUGUUGGAUUUAUUUGAAUAGUUUCUUCCUUUUUUUUUUACCCUUGUUGGUUGUGUUUUUAUAAAUGAAAUUAUGAAAUUUAGUUGCGGCAA